AUGGUCCAACAAAUUUCACCAAUUACAAAGUUUAAGCGAGUAAAUUAAGAAUCAGAAUGUGUCUACAGACAGAUAAAUUUUAAAAAAUAAGUAACUUUAACAUUAGUUAAGGUGAUAGAUAUCUUAAUCUCUUAACUAAAGAUUUUAAAUUCAAGUCCUAAAAAAAAUCACUGAACUAUUGCUUACUCUCUAGUCACUACCCCUUUCUAUAUAUAAGAGGCUAAAACCAUCACAAACUAAACCAUAGCAACCAAGCUUCAACACUUCAAAAAAUCACCUUCAUAUACACCUAAUAAAACCAAGAAUCUCCAAGAGUUCCAAGUAGGAAAAAUAGUGUAAUUGAUCAAGAAAAAUGGCAAGGAAGAGAAAGGUUGCUGAAGCAAUUGAAGAAGAAAACAUGGAAUCAUGGCAUGAAAUGAUCAAAGAAGGUGCAGCAUUAGGAGAAUCUACAAGAAGAUCAAGAAAGAGGUUUGUUGGUGUGAGACAAAGGCCAUCAGGAAGAUGGGUGGCUGAGAUCAAAGAUACCAUUCAGAAGAUCAGAGUUUGGUUAGGAACUUUUGAUACUGCUGAAGAAGCUGCAAGAGCCUAUGAUGAAGCAGCUUGGAUCCUCCGCGGAUCCAAUACUCGAACCAACUUUGAUCCUUGUUAUCCUCAUUCUUCCUCAAAUCCUGCUCUUUCCUCAAAGAUUGCAAAUCUCCUCCUUCAAAGGCUUAAAGCAAAGAAUAAUAUCAUCUCUUGUUCUAAUCUUAGUACUACUCACCAACAAGAUCAUCAAGCUGAUGUGUAUGGAGCAGAGUCGAAAGCUUUCUCGAUUGAUCAAUUCGCAGAUUUCCUUUAUGAUCCUGAAGCUUGUAGCGCAAGCAACAACGAAUUUAGUGAUAAUAUUGAACAAAUUGAUUGCAUCACUAGUAGUUUUGAAUCGUGUUUAACAGAGAAAGAUGCCAAAAGGGAGAAAGAAAUGGAUGCAACACAGACAUCAAGCAUUGACUCGAAUUCAAGAGUGAAAAAUGAGGAAGAAAUCGAAGAAGAAGAAGGUAUGAUUGUUGAGGAUUUCAGGUUCCUGGAUGAGAAUGCUAUUGUUUCAUCAAGUUACUGUUAUUCUCCUUUUGAGAUUGUUGAAGAGAUGGAGGAGCCUGUGGAGGCAGAGAACUAUGAUGGUGAUGAUGAGCCUUCAAUGAUGAAAGCUAUAAUGAACAGAAUGAAGUAUGAGAGAAAGUUCUCAGCUUCUCUCUAUGCCUUCAAUGGGAUACAUGAUUAUGAGUGCUUGAAGUUGAAGCUUCAGUCAGGGAACAUAAAGAGUAGAACAGGAAUUUCAGAUCAAAUUAGCAAACUUAACAAGGCUUGCAGCAAGAACAAAAAUGAGGUUAAUAAGGAGGAAGAUGAAAAGGAAAAGGAGAAGGAAUCUAUUGAUGGAGAUUUGUUGUUUUGGAACUCCCUUGAUCUCCCUAAUAUUUUCUAACUUACAAUUAGUUUUAUUAAUUUCAGUAACUUUGGAGCAUGCUGAUAUGUAGUAAUCAAAAUGAGUAAAUAUUUUCUAGUGUAAUGAUAAAUGAAUUGACUAAAUAAAUCUACAAACCAAAGACAAGAACAAGAUAUGUUUUUAGUCUUGGAUACUGAAUAAAGUUAUUGAUCUUUCUAUGUUGAAGAUAGAAGUUCAUAUUCUAUCGUUGAUUCAUAAAUUCUUCAAAUAAUUUCCACUUAUUUUGAAGGUUAAACCAAAGUGAACUGCGAACACAAGCUUAUCAUUUUAGACAAUUUAUCUUUUAGAACACCAAUACAUAAUCUUACAGAUAAUAUUCUAAAUAGAAACUCCCAAUUCAUCUCUGAUAAUACUUCUUCGCUGCUGCUGCUUGUUUUUUCUUUUUUCUUUUUCUCUUCUACUUCUAGUUUUUUUCUUCACUUUUUUUAUUCUUGCUUCUUCCCCUUUUCUUUCUCUUUUCAAGAAAGAAAACGAAGCGAAAAACAGAAAGAGAAAGAAAAGGAUGUAGUUAAAAAGGAUGGAGGAAAAAGAAAUGCAAUUUUUUUAUUUUUAUCUAAAUACUUCUAACUUUUUUCAAAAAUUUGUACUUUUGGUCGAAAAAAUUCCGUAUUUAUUAUAAUUUUUUUUGUUUAGUUUCAUUAAGCUUCCAUGUUUCUAUCAUUUGAAAAAAAAAAACCCAGUAGUUUCAAAAAAUAAAAAAGUAACUUUUAGAAAUUUAAUUAGAAUUUAAUUACAAAAGUACUUAAUUCAUCCAACAUUUUUCUAUAUUUAAAUAUAACAUAUUUGGCUAAUGUUUUGACACAAAUAUAGGCAAAUGCUAAAGUGCUACAGCAGCAUGUAUCUAGAAAAUAUAGACUUUGGUUAAUGCCUGAUAAACAAGACUGUUACAGCCAAUGUAGACAGAUUAAUCUGAAAUUACAUGCAAAGUAAAAACAAGAGGCUAGAUAGGCAAGUUCCAUUUAGACCCACCCUAGAGACUAAAGGGGCACACCCUUCUGCUUCCACGUCCAAAUAGCAAUUUACAACACUAGGCUGAACAGCAUACAGAUAGUUAAAUAUUUCACUACAUUGAUUAAAUUAGAUU